AUGAAGCGCUGGAAACAGGUCAAGGAGCAGCUCGAUGCAAAGCGCAACGCUCCCGGCUCGAGCAACAACAACGAUGACCAUACACCGCCAUACAAAGGUGGUGGUAUCUCCUCAGCGUCCUUCUCCGAUCUUCGUGAGCUCAGAUCAGGCUCAUCGCACCACCUCAGAGAUCCAUCCAGCUCGAGCCUCCUGCCUCCCAUGCAAAAGAGCACAAGCCGCACCUCGCUCGACAUUCCAGGUCGUCUCAGCAACUUCAUGAACAAGUCUGCUUCAAGCCUCGACCUCAACUCUGCCGCUGCUGGCUCCAACAAGACCUUCGGUAACGCUUUGAGGAAGUUUCCUCGACCAAGAGUUCGAAGUAACUCGAACAACUUCAGCGCGAAUGAUGCGGCAACCAACAUCUCUCCCUCCAAGGCAAGCCCUCGCAUGUGGGUCAACAGCCUUUUGAACCAAGCCGGGCCAAGCACACAGCAUCUCGAGACAGCUGCUCAGGCUAGGUCUCGCGCCGAGUCAGAUGCUUCACGACCGUCACCUGCUCCGGUCAGCAGUCUUGUGCUCUCAAACGAUGGACAUGACAAUGCUGCCUCCACCUCUCGUCAAGUCUAUACCCUAGAUUCGGGUUUGCAACGCAAUACAUCUGCUGGUGGCCGAUCAGCAAGCAUCUAUUCGUCCCAUCUCAGCUCAGCUUCUCGCUCCACUCCGGAUCUGCAUCACAACUCCAUCACUCGACAUCGCGACAAUGGUGCUCUGCUCAUGGAUCUUGCUGGUCCUCUGCCUUCAAUUGCGCAGCGCGAAGACAAUAUCCAGUCUCCCUUAGUCGUGCGCAACCUGGAUGAGGCUCCGAGAGGCACUUCCACUCCAGCCAUCCCAGCUACUUCCGCUUCUGCUCGUUUGCAGACCGUCUCGAGGCUACGCAAUCCAUGGUCAGCCAAUUUACCACAGAUCAGAAGCGAGGAGGAUGAAGAUGUUGAUGCUUCUAUCGCACAUGAUCGAUCAACGAACCAGCUAGGACUCGGCGAACAAGCUGUUCUUGAUAUGCUCGAAUCUGCUUCGGGUGUUGGAAGUGCUGUGUCUGCGCUUGUGCCGCCGACGCCGUACCAGACUGCUACGCCAGGUACUUUGGCAAUGUCUCGUUCUUUUGCGAAUACGACUAGGUUCCAUAGUCCAGCUUCCGAGUAUAGCCAGGACUUCAAGUCGCCCUUCUUAGCCGGCACUUCCUCGCCAGCUGCUGGUGUUAGAGAAGCCAUUCGACAACGUGAGAUCCUCGACUCUGCUGCUUCGAUCAACGCUGCAUCCAAAUCUCAAAUCGUAGCCAGUCGCUCCACUUUAUCGCCUAGGACGAUUGACUUCCUCAACGCAGUCCCCUCCGACGGUUCAAAACCCCUUCGAUCAAACCAGACCUCAACUUCUGCUUUCUACCAGCGCAACAGGCCAUCAUCCAGCACCGACGACAAGUCUGCAUUUGAGACCGCCUCGCAAUUCAAGCGCAUCUCUCGUGUCCCUGUCCCUACCACCGAGAUCAAGCCCGCAUCCCCACCCACCUCUGCAAGCUCCAACGUCUUCUAUCGACAUGGUACAGUUGCUUCCACCACUUCGCAUCUCCCCAUCUCUCCCAUCGACAGCAGCUUGCUAGGGUCUUCAGCACACGCUACGAGCCUCUGGAGCAGACCAGGCAACGGUCCUGACACGCCUUCAACCACACAAGAAUCCACCUCGCCCAUGCUUUGGUCCGCAUCCUCCCUAGCACCUCCCAAAUGGCCAUCGCGCAGUCAGCACAGCCUACAGCAGACGUUGGAAGAUGGUAGGAAGUCGAUGUACUCUCUCGAGCCAGUGGUAACAUCGAGUUCGAUUGGGGAAGAUGAGGAACGUUUUUCGGAUCUACAGAUGCGGCCGUCGACUCUGAUGCCGAACUUGAGACGUCAUAGAACGGACUUUACGGAGGCGACAAGCAUUUUUUCUGGUGCUGAUGCUUUUCAGACUUCGCAGAAUAGUCUUGAGAAGGGUAUCGUUGCCGAGACGGUACCUGCUAUGGUCACGACGACAGAGGCGUCUACGACGGCAGCAGAAGCGUCUGCAACCGCAGCAAACACAACGGCGAGCCGCCCGCUGUCCCACGCGGGAUCGGUCAGCAGUUCUCUUGCUGCUAUCCGUGGCAUGUUCAGUAAAGCAGCUUCCUCCGCGCUUCCUCUGACAGGCUCGGUCUCCGUCUCGAACAUCUCAGCGACAGAUUCCCCUGGACGCUCUGCUGCAGCUGCUGAGCUAGCCACCUCGACCUCAGUCGCUGCUGCCGCUAAAGAUCUCGAAAACCGCUCUUCUCCCCUCUCCAGGCCCUCUAGCCCCGAGAAACUAUCAAUCCCGUCCUCACCAACCAAAGCCAAAGACCUGAUCAAAAUGUUCGAAAGCAACUCAGCCACCGGCUCCCCCGUCGAUCAAUCACAUUCUAUCUCCCGCGUCGUUACCCCCCGAAGACAGCUCUCCCCGACCAAGUGUGGAACAACUUCAGCUGCAAGCAGUCUCAACAACACACCGAAGCGACAGACUCCACUCGCUAUCUCCGUGUCGAGGUCGAACCUCGGUCGAACCGCGUCCAACAGUGUGAUGGAUGUUGCAGCUGAAGAAGCGUCGCCGGUGGCGUCCAAGUUGCAAGCGCGACGCUUUGAGGCGGGUAGGUUUAGGUCAAGACGCGCUGGAUUGAUUGGUGUCGGUGGUGGCGACGGUGGUGGCGACGGUGAUGAUGAUGCGAGUUUUGGUGGGUAUCCUGGUGAUGAGAAUGAUGACGAGGAGAAUGUGGCGCCCGACAGCUCGGUUGGGGAUGCACGUAGUGCUCAUAGUCGAUUCCGUUCGCUUGGUGUGGCUUUGCAGCACACGCGAUCGCAGUCGACGACUAACGAUAUUAGCGGAAAUGUUCUCAGCAGCGGCGGCGGUGGUGGGGAUAUGACCACGCCUGCCAAACAGAGUCCUACUCAUGGUCGUACUGGCUCAAACAGUAAUGACAGAGGUAGCAACUCGAUGAAAACCAGUCCAGGAAGUCUCGGCGGAAAAGGCGCGUUCAGGAACAGCGUUAUCGGUUUCAUGGGUGUUCUGUCCGGCAAACCAGCCAACGAUACCGCAGCAACACUUGGGCAAGGCGGCGGCAACCACACCCUCAACCCCUCCCACCUCCUCUCCGACCGCCGCAACAGCGCUAAAUCAGACCAAGACGACAACCUUAGCACCACUAGUGCCGCCACCCAAGGCACCACCGCCUCCUACCGUCGUAAAAAAGAAGAAGGCAACCUUCCGCUCUCCAACACCACCGCCAUCCAGAUGUCGAACCAGCCACCCGGUGCCAAACCCAUCCGAGCAGGCGUGCUGUACUAUUUCAACGUCCACAGUGCCAACCCACGCUGGCUUCGCGUUAAAGCUGUACUCUUACCCUCUGCUGUAGCUAUGAGUUGGAUCCCUUCCGGUGGGGGGAGGGAGAAUGUGGUGUUGGAUCUGAGAGCGUGUAGGGAGGUUCAUUCGGUUCCUAGUCCUGAUCAUCCGAGCAGUGCAAGCGAUGUGGGGGCUGCGUCUGCGAGGAGGCAGGGGUUGGAGUCGAUUAAUCCUUUCCAGCUGAUAUUUGAUGAUGGCGUGGAGAGGUUGGCAGCUGAUAGUGCAAAGGAGAGAGUGCAGUGGGUUACCGCGGUUUGGGAUGUGACGGGGACAGGGAGUCCACCGGCGGAUAGUGUAAGGGAUUUGGCGGUUGCGAAUUUGGGUCGUGAUGCGGUGCACAAUGGUGGUGGUGGGGGUCGGUCUGUACAUGUACAGGCUUCGCCCACGGGGAGAUCGAGAGGGCUGGCUGAUGUGAGUUCCACUCGUCCACUUGUCCCGUCACUAGGUGCUGGGGUCGGCGCAAUCGGAUCGCCCAAGAGACCUGCUUCGAUGAGGCCUGAAUCGACUAGUAACGAGGAGGCUAUUGAUCGAAUUGGGUCGAUUUGGAAGAGCGAGCUGUCGUCAGAGUUGACCAAUAAGGACAUGCAGGCUAGUAUUGGCGAAGCACUUGCGUCAGCAGCUUCUGUUCCACCGCCUUUGCCGCCGAAAGAGCCCAGACCGGCACUGUCACUUGGUACUCCAAAUCAGGCUUCGAAGAGCACGAAUUCCGUCCCUACUGGCAAAGCUGCAACUGCACCUACGCCGGUUAAGACGACUGUCUCUGCACCUUUGCCAAUCGCCACAUCAGCCAACAGUCCUGCUCGUUCGAAAGUACGCAGCUGGCAAAGACCGCCUCUGGACUUGAGCACGGGAUACAUUCACGAUCUCACGCCCAAAACGCUCACCCUGGUCACUCCCGUGACGGAUGCUAUCCACUCAACCCCGGCUCUGUACGCAAAAGAUAAGAGCACCAGUGAGUCCCUGCACGGCAGCUCGACUAAAGCGACUGUACCAGAAGGCGAUGCCCGCGAACGAAGCGUAUCCCUCGUCGCAUCUUCACCAGACAUGGACGGCUACGAAUCAGCCCGAUCUCAAGGUAGUCGUAAUGACGAAUUUGGACCUCGCACUCCCGUUAGUGAGGCCGUUUUCAAUUGGUCACGUCUCGACAAGGAGUCAGAUUUGAACCCUAGCGAUUCUGCGUCCCAACGUCCAGCACGAAGUGAAUAUGGGACAGUCAAAAGCAACGUUUUCGCCUCCGAACGAAAGAAGAGCGCCGGUGAAGACUCUUCCCAACCCCCCGACGCAUCAGGUCGUACCCCAGCCCAACUUCUACGAGAUACCGUUCUCGGAACGACCACCUCCGCAUCUCCCACCAGCACCCGACCUAACCGUCUGGGAACAGUAAUCGAAGAAACUCAAUCCCAAGCCCAAAGUACCCGUAUCAACGCUUCAAUCCGCAGUACGUCCCGCAGCAAACUCGAAGAAAUGAUCACCCACGCCAUCGGCAACAACUCUAUCAAAUCCCCCGCCGCAAAAUUCGCUCUCUCCCUAGUAUCUUCCGGUAGCAUCAGUUCGCAGGAUGUUGGUAAACUUCUUGAGAUUCUGGAAGAAGAACAGCGCGAGCGGCAAACUAAGGAGAAGGAGCUGGAAGAUCAAAUUCGAUCGUUCCAACAAGUCAUUUCUGAUUUACAGAAAAAGAAUUCGACUAGUAGCUCACAUCGUAGACGAAGCUCGACGACGUCGGUGGGUGGAGAAAGUAAAGUUUCGGCACGGGAUUCGGAGUUGGCUGCUAUGCAGGAGAAGCUGGAUAAGGUGCUUGGCCUAGUUACCAACGUCGUAGCUGCUCCUUCUGUUUAUACAAAGGCGAAGAGCGAGUCAGCUACCCUACUCAGCGGUGUGCAAGGGGGUGAGGAAGCGGAGUUGGCCAGAAUCGAAAGUGUGUUGGCAAAGCUACUCCGCAAGAUGCACGUCUCUGCGGAAGAAACACCCCUCAGCCCUCGAUCACAUGCAGCUAUCUCCUCCCACAACCUGGAAGAAUGGCAUCGUAUGCCUUCCGAACUUCGCGGAACCGAACUCAUCAAAUCCAUCCAAGACCGUGCUCAAUACGGCAAAGACGGACGGCACGAAGCCAUCCAAACCGACUACCAGACGUUGCGUAAUGUUUCGUCGGAUAUGGUGAGAGGUGGAAGACCUCCUGCUGGCCCCACCGAUCCUGGUACACCUAUUGAUGGUGGGAUUGAUCCUAAACCACGCUUCUCUCGGCGAGCGUCAGAGAUAAGCAUUGCCACCACCAUCACGGAUGUUGACGGCGGUUCAAUGAUAAGCCGUAUCCCACCCCGAUCAUGGUCUUCGGAACGGGGCAUUCCCUCGCCACCUCCGAACUCGGAAUGGGAUAGUAAAUCGCUUAUUAGCAGACCGGCUUCUCGUGCAACAACCCAUUUAGACAUCUCUGCGGCCGGUGCAAGACCAGCGCAGAACUUCAGGAUGUUAGCUGAUCCAAGCACCCCCUCUAACCCUACUACGCCAAGACCGGUGAUGGUAAAGGGAGAACCGAGUUACGAUUCGCUCGAUAUGGAGGCGGAGAUAAGGAGGAGGAGAGCGCAACAGAGGAAGGCUAGUGGAGCUGAGAUGUUGGGUGGUUGGUAUACUCCUAAAGCAGCGCAAGUGGCGGAGAGAGGUUUGGAGGGGUCUUCGGUGACAGCUGAAGCGGUGGCGGUGGGUGUGGAUGGGGGGGUGGAUAAACCAGUCCCACCUACUCCCAGCGUUCGAUGGGCCUCUGGAGAUAUCGUACCGGUGGAUGGAGGGAAGACACCAGACGGGCUCGGGUUGUCUAUGUCCUCAGCACCACCAGGAGAAGCAAAAUUCUCCGGUCCACCCCCAACUCCAGGUGUCGGAUACGCCGCAUCUUCAACCAGCACCACCACCAACGCCAACACCGAACUAGCAACAAUCCUCCAAGCCCUCAAAGCAAGCGAACAGGCACGCCAGACCCAGCUCCAACAACAAACCGAGAUUUCGCGCUACCUCAACGAACUCAACGCUUGGUUGGAGAGAGAUGUUGUUGACCGAAGUAAGGAGUGGAGGACUUUGGCUAGCGGAGUUACGCAACUGCAUGAUGAAUUGAAGGCUUUGAAGGAGGGUAUAACUUUGCCUGCUUCCGGAUCUGGUGAAUCUCUUUCCACGAUUCAGGGUGCGAAUGUCGCAGUGGAGACGCCGACGAUGCUUAGACCAGGGGUGACGGGUGCAGUUCCAGCAGUAACAGAAAGAGGGUCAUUGGCGAAGGUGGUUACUAUGGGAGAUAGUGCUACUGUCACUCCUUCCUCUCCUACUACUUCUGCAGCAGGGAGGAAGCGACCAGCGGGAACAAGGAAAUGGAACGAAAGUCGAUCAGAAUCUCCCUCUGCUCCCGGUAGCGGUGCUGAAACGUGGUAUAAGCCUGACGAUGCGCCCACUACCCCUAAAUCUCGCAGCACCACCAGAGGAGCCCUAUUGAUCCGUUCAGCACUGCGCGAAUGGGAGCGAUUCAAAACGAUGCAACGUUCCGCAGGCAAACCCGAAGCUCCACUCCCUCUUGAAGCCACUGGUAAUCCCGCGAUCGACUCGCAGUUGCCGCUACCAGAAUCUAUCUCGGAAGAAUUGAAGAAUGCAGCUGAUGCGGAGGAUAACACUCGAAUUGGAGAGUUGGUUAGGGCGAGUGCAGAGGCUGGGUAUGGGACUCAGGCGAUAAUUGAACUCACGCGAUAUGUCGAGUCCAAACCUGCAGAGGAGGAGGUCGAAGGGGAAGUGGAAGUGGAAGAGGAAGAGGAGGUUAGGGAAGGUGAGAGGGGAGUGGUGGAGAUGGCCACUCCUAUCCCAGCCAAGAUUGCGGCAGCGAAGGCGAAAGCAGCUCCCCCCUCCGCAGCCGUUAUUGAAGAAGAGGAACGUGAUUCGGAGCCAAUCUCAAACCCAACAACCGAAGCCCUCGCCCUCGCUGUCGAGGAGAUCUUGAAACAUCUCCUUUCCUCUAAAGAAGAAGCGAAACGUUCCGCCGUCGAAUCCGAGCAAACUCUGCUCAGCCUCAAAGAAAAGGAAAAAGCGGAACUAGUCGAUCUUCUAUACUCCCGCAUCUCUGCCGAUCGAGCUGCGGAGGAAGCAAAAGCUAAAGAACUCGACCCUAAAUCCGCCAUCGAAAACCUGGUUGCUGCUAUAAACUCGCAAAAGGAAGUAGAGGUAAAAUCGGCAGCUGCUGCCGAUGCAGCGUUACGACAAAUGACUUCCGAACUUCUCACUCGCACGUCCGAGCAGAAUCAAAAGUUGGUAGAAGCGGUUAAUGCAGCAAGUAGGGAUAUGUUGAAGAGCAACGUUCAAAUGCAUGCGGAAGAGUUUAAGAGAUUGUUGCAUAAGGAGGUUAGUGGGAUGUUUGAGGAUGUGGGGAAGAUAAGGGAGGUUAAGCGACAAAUGGAGUUUGAGAUUGCUGAUUUAUGGAGUAUCAAGAGCCGUCACUUGCAGCAAAAUGCAACCGGUUUGAUAGGGUUUAAUGUUUCUGGUGCCUUCCCUUCCUCGCCACCGCCUCCGCAACCUAUGGUGGGAGGGUAUGGAGGGAUGCCAAUGCCAAUGCCGGUUCCAAUGGGAAUGCCGAUGCCGAUGCAUCCUCCAGCACAUAUCUCACCCAUCCCCCCUCCGCAACCCGCACCAGCACCGGUAGCUCCGGGGGCAGACAGAGGCAUCGACUCCCUAAAAGCGCAGAAAAAAGCCGUCAAAGCAGCACUUAAACAAGCCGUAGCCGACUCAACACGCCCCGUCCCAGCACCAAUUCCAGCAGCAGCAACCCUCGCACCCGCCCCAGCCCCAGCAAACCCAGUCGCAUCAGCAGCACAAGUCGCAGCCACAGGUUUCCUAGCCAAGCGAAAAGACGUGCUUAAUCCGUUUAGUAUCAAUUUCGGACCCAGGGCUCCUGUUGCUAAGUAA